CAUCUCUAUCAAAAUUUAUAAAUUUUUUUACUGUCAAAGUUAAAGACAAACAUUAUAUUUUGGUUCAAUGGCUGCAUUUAAAGUCUUCUGUAUUUUUAUUUUACUAGCCUAUUUUUAGUUAUUUCUUUUUUUGGUAAGUACCUAUAUUUAGUUAUUUUCCAAUCUCCUUCAUUUAACUCUGAUAUAAAUGAAAUUAGUGCUCUAAUACCAAGAGAUGAAAAAAAUAGUAAGUGAUAAUGGAGAUCAGCAGAAGGUGGUCUCUUCAAGGGAUGACAGCUCUUGUUACUGGUGGUACCAAAGGAAUUGGGCAUGCUAUUGUGGAGGAAUUAGCAGGAUUAGGGGCAGAGGUACACGCUUGCUCUCGCAAUGAAACUCAGCUUAAAGAAUGCAUAGAUAAAUGGAUUGCUAAAGGUUUUAAAGUCACAGGUUCGGUAUGUGAUGUAUCGUGUAGAGCCAACAGAGAGAGCCUAAUUAAUGAAGUCUCGUCUCUGUUUAAUGGAAAACUUAACAUCCUCAUAAACAAUGUGGGAACAGGCAUCAGAAAGCCUACUGAGAAUUAUACAGCUGAAGAGUUUUCAUAUCUAAUGAGCACCAAUUUUGAAUCUGCCUACCACUUGUGCCAACUCGCGCAUCCUCUUCUUAAAUCUUCUGGCGCAGGAAGUAUUGUCUUUAUUUCAUCAGUUAGUGGAAUUGUAUCGGUAAAUGCAAGCAGCAUAUAUGGCGCGACCAAAGCUGCAAUGAACCAGCUUGCUAAGAAUUUGGCAUGUGAAUGGGCAAAGGACAGUAUAAGGAGUAACAGCGUUGCGCCUGGGUUAAUCAGAACUCCACUUACUGAACAAGCACGUGGUUACGAAACAUUCUCCAAUGGAAUAGUCUUGCGAACUCCGAUUGGAAGGGUCGGAGAGGCCAAGGAGGUGUCUUCGUUGGUGGCGUUUCUAUGUCUGCCUGCUGCAUCAUACAUAACAGGGCAGAUUAUUUGUGUUGAUGGAGGGAUGACUGUAAAUGGUUUCUUCUUUUAACUUUGCAACAACUUGUAACACAUUGCAAUGAGUUGUGCUUCUUAUAUGCAGCAGAACAAAAGAUUUGUCUCUAUAUAAUGCAAUAUUACCUUUUACAAAUUUA